CACCACCACCACGACCAGAGCACGAGAGCAACGCGGGGAGCUCAGGACAGGUGACGCGCGGCGAUGGCGGCGGCUGCGGCGGCGACGACGGCGGCGGGGGAUGGGGAGCUGGAGUCGCUGCUCCGGAACUUCCACCGCUUCUCCCAGGGGUAUAAAGAUGCACUAGCUGAGGCCCAGGCUUUAAGAGUGAACUGCAGUUCUGAAUCCAAGAAGCGUGAAGCUCUUGAGUCGCAUAUAACAGAUCUCAAGAAAGGUUUAACUGAAAUUCCAGCAUUCUUCCACAAUAAUGAGCGGUUAAGGAGGCUGUACACGGAAACUUUAUUCAAGUUCACCAACCAGAUUAAAUAUCACACAGAAGCUCAAAGUCUGAAGGAAGAAUUAGGAAAAGCAAAUAGCAGAUUGCUAUCCAUGGAAGAGGAGCAUAAGAGGGAGGUCGAGCAACUUAAGCAUGACAAUGAAAUGAACUGCAAUGCCCUGGAGAGCAAGCUCAGCUGUGCUCUUGUUCAGCAAGCUGCGGAUGAGGCUGCGAUAAAACAACUCAAGUUGGACCUGGGUGCUCAUAAAGCUCACAUUGACAUGCUAGGUAGCAAGUUGGAGCAGGUCACUGCUGAAGUACAUAUGAAGUAUAAAAACGAUAUCCAGGAUUUGCACGAUGUGAUCAUGGUGGAACAGGAGGAGAAAGACGACACGCAAAGGAAGCUUAAAACUGCAGAGAAUGAGCUGAGGAUUCUGAAGAUGAAGCAGGCAGAGCAGCAAAGGGACUCGGUCUCGGUCCAGCACGUGGAAUCGCUGAAGCAGAAGGUGAUGAAGCUCCGGAAGGAGAACGAGUCGCUGAAGCGGAGGCUGGCGAGCUCCGAACUCGAUUGCUCAUGAGAGCCGGCACCGCUCCUGCCGUCAGGUUCUGAACCCUUCGUCGCCAUCAAACUCACGUAGUUUCCCACCCAUCCUCCCCAAUCCCCAUGUACAGUCACAUGCACCAUAUCUCGCCAUCAGUGAUUUUCUCGUGUCGAGACGAGAAACAGUACACCAUGAUAUGGUCAUACAAUCAGGGGUUACACGGUAAGACUAGUGAUUACCGGAUGAAAUGUAUGCUCUGAAUUGAGCUAGGCGCUAUGGCACGUUCAGUUCCACUCUUUGAUGUUCUUCUUGUCCCGAGAGCAUGCAGAGGAGAGCUCUCUGCAUGUGUGUAUAGUCCAUACUGUAUGUAACAUUCAUGGCAUUCACUGUCAGGCUUCUUGCCCUACAUAUUAUGAGAACUGGUAGAUACCGGGGAGUGUUCUGUUCAGAGA